AUGCCGGGCGACGAGGUCAAGGCUGGUCGGAGCACCUCCCCUGUUGCUCGGGAGAAGCUCGAGGCUCAGAUCAAGAGCGCUGAUAUGACCGAGGACAUGCAACAAGAGGUCGUCGAAGUCGCCCAGGAGGCAAUGGCAAAGUUCACCAUUGAGAAGGACAUUGCCCAUCACAUCAAGCGGACUUCCGACAACCUGCUUUUACCUAGCGAGCCGACAACCCCGAGAAAAAGAAAACGGACGGAGGAGGAAGAGAAUUGCCCCGCGGCGGAUAACUUGGGCUGGAUGGACAAAUCCCCGAGGCCGAGCGGAGGUACUGAACAACAAGGAGCGCCAGGCGUGGCGGAAGAGAAGGAGGAGGACUGCUUGAUGGCAGACGUGGCGACAUGA